GAGCUUUCAAGCGUCUCAUUUACUAAAUAUAAACGUAACUGAUUUUUUAAUCAGAGUCUGGGCUUUGUAAGUGUGUAAAACAAACUAAAGCAACAAUAAAACAUUACUACAACAUGAGCGACCAGGAACGAGCUCUGAGCGAGCGUAAAGGCGCAUCCCAUGUCAACGAUAGCGAUAACGAAGCUAAUGACGUUGGCGAGGAGCUGCAGGAGGUGGAGGAGGAGGAGGACGAGGAAGCCAUGCAGGCAGCCUUAAGAGAGAUGGUUCAGGUGCCCGAUAUUGACCCCAAACAGAAGCAAACGCCAAGCAGGCAACCGUCGGAGCCCCGCCACAUUGGCAAUCUAAUUGAGAAACUCAAGAAGACUGCGUCGCCAGAAACACAAAGGAAAUGGCUCAAGACUGUGACAGAUGUGGGAAUUCAAGCGGAAAAUACCGCCGUCGGCAAGAAGAGCACUCCAGAACACAAGCCAAAGAAAGCAGAACCCUCGGGCGAGAGACUGAAGCAAACAGCCAUGCCGUCAGGCAGUUUGGCUCAACCUCUGCCCGCAGAGCAACAGCCCAGAUCGGACCCAUUAAAGAAACCCGAGGCUGGCAAGCAGACGACAAUGCCAAACUAUUUGCAGUUUACGGUUAAGCCCGAGCGACUGGAGCCCACAACAUCGGACGAAGAAUCCAAAUUGGAGCGCAUUGAAGCUGCCUCCAGGCCCAAGUCAUACUUCCAAAUCAGGGAGCAAGCCGAAGCAGCCAUUGCUGCCAUAGCAACUCCAGCCAAAGAGGCACAGGUCGCCGCCCGGCCAGAGAAUGUAUUGGAGCCAAGCAAACACUCAACUGGGGCCAUCAAUAUACUGACGGGCCCAUUUCGACGAAGCCUCAACGUAGAGCCCAGCGAUGAAGAGCCAUCAACAACAAAAGCGUUGCCCGAGGGCAAGAAGACAAAGUUCUUCAGCAAUUUGCCAUUAUUUGGUCGAGGUAGAGCAGAAUCCUCGGCUGUCGAGAAACCGACUGCAGAAGCGCAGAGUCAGGAGAAGCACCCCACACAGAAGGCAACCAGCGGCUUUUUUGCAAAUCUAACAUCGUUCAAAAGAAAUCGACCAAAGCCCAAUGAAAAGCUUGCCGAGUCUAUCAACAUCACUGCCCCCAAUCAGUUUGUGGAUGAGGCAAUGGAGGCCACAGAAGUUCAGUCCACCCCGGGUGUAAUUGGCACACAGUUUGCUCCAGUACCGAGCACUGGAAUAUUAGAUACCGGGACUACACCGGUACCGAGUACUGGAAUAAUAGAUACCGGAACCUCGCCUGUACCGAGUACUGGAAUAAUAGAUACCGGGACUACUCCGGUACCGAGUACUGGAAUAAUAGAUACCGGKACUAGUCCAGUACCGAGCAUUGGAGUGAUAGAUGAAGAGGCUACCCCAAUACCGAGCACUGGACUAAUAUAUGAAGGGUCUACUCCAAUACCAAGCACUGGGCUAAUAGACGCUGGAUUCACUCCAGUACCAAGCCUUGGAGUAAUAGAUGCAGGAUCAUCUCCAAUGCCGAGCAACGUAGUGAUAGAUAUAGGAUCUACUCCAGUACCAAGCAGCAGCUCAAUAGUACAGGCCGAAGAAGAUUUCUAUGACCUGGAAGAAGAAGGUGAAACCGAAGAACUAAUUCAAACAGAUGGCUCCUACGUAGUCACUUAUCAAGAGCCUCUGUUUGAAAAUGGCUCUACAAUGCCCAAUUUCUUAAAUCAGUCUGAAGAAACUGCUGAGCGACUGUCCAGCAGUUCAAUCAACUCAGAAGAUUCGCCAGCUGAAAGAGCUUCAUCCCGAGAUGAAGAGACGAAAUUUUUAAUGAGAGCUGAUCGAGUUGAAGGGCUUAAAUAUCCAAUGGCAGCUGAACAAGGAAUCCAAAAUAUAAUUCCAGACCAAACUGCGGGUGCAAGAGCAGACCAACGCAUCAAUACAAUCAUGUCUAGGGAGCCCGAUCUAGACACAGCAGCCUCAAGUUUAGCCGCAACUAAUCAACUAAUCGAAGUCAAUGAGCAACAGUCAACGGCUAUGGAUACCGAGAUCGAGCCAUCUAACACUUUAACACGAACUGUAAAGGCCAUCACUUCAGCGACUAGGCAACUGGAGGAGCCGAUUAUUAAUUUGAUAUAUAAUUUUCCGAUCUACGGCCGGUCUAGACCAACGCCAAUCGACAGCAGCCCAGUAAGUCAAGAAACUGCUUUGCCUACUACGUCAGAGCCAGUCAGCGUGGAGCAGCCGCCAAAUCUGUCCAGGUUUGGCAGAGAGAGGCCAACAACAAAUCAAGGGACUGCAGAGACUGCUCACGAUCCGGUCAUUCCACUGGAGAGGUCUACACCAAUGCCUUGUGAACCCAACAUUAAUAUACUUACUGCUGUGCCAACUGAUAGCGCCUUGGUCAGCUCAGCCAACAAGGCCUCUAGUGCCCAGAAUCAGUCGAGUUCCAGCCUACGCCAUCUGGUGCCAGCUAUGACCUACAGCGGAGCCUCUCAUCCCGGUAGUUCCAACUUCACCGAACAGCCAAGAGCUUCGCCUGUUGAAGACGGUUCGGCUGUCGAAGGGGACAUUCCAUCUACCAGCAAUUCCUUGGCUAGCAACAUAUUGCGCUACUUUUUCCCGGCAGAUCCCAAGAGUCCUCCACAGCAGGACCAUGUACAACAAGUCGCAAUGCAUCCUUUGCCCAAUGAAGUGAUUAUAAUCCCGCCACAGCUGCUAAAAGACAAAGACCACAAAUCGCAGGGCAGGGACAAAGACAACGAUAAGAAUAAGGAGAACGAAGCGGAAAAGGAUAGGGAUGAGACGGCCCAGUCCGGUCAUAUGAGGCAUUCCGAGUCGAUGCGCACUCUGACCAUAAUCGGCCGGCACUCGCACAUAACGACGACCUACCGGGAUCAUUGCCAUUACGAAAGGCACGACGAGGGCGUCGACAAGAUCGCCAGGCGCAAGCUGAUCAUAGCCAGCGCGCUCUGUCUCACCUUCAUGAUCUGUGAGAUCAUUGGCGGCAUACUCUCUCGCAGCCUGGCCAUAGCCACGGACGCAGCACAUCUGCUAACGGACCUAGCCGGCUUUCUCAUAUCCCUGUUCGCCCUGUACCUGAGCGCCCGCCCCUCCACACAGCGCAUGAACUUUGGCUGGUACCGCGCGGAGGUGAUCGGCGCCAUGCUCUCGGUCUACUUCAUCUGGGUCAUCACGGGCGUGCUGGUCUACAUGGCCAUAGAGCGGCUGGUCACGAACAAGCAUGAUGUGGACGCCAAGAUCAUGCUAAUCACCUCCGCACUGGCGAUCGCCUUCAACAUCAUCAUGGCCAUCCAGCUGGGCCAUGGGCACUCGCAUGGCCACUCCCACGGCACGGCGCAAGCCCAUUCGCACAGAGAGCCGAGGCUGCGCCUGAAGCCGUCCGAGACGUCCGCCGUUCCGACCGGUUCCAGGGCGAAUAUUGUUAGUCCCGUUCUCAAGGAGCAGCAGCAGCUGCUGCCACUUUCCGUUUCGGCCCAAUGCACCCGGGCCGACAAGGAGAACAUCAACGUGAGAGCCGCCUACAUUCAUGUCAUCGGCGAUAUGAUUCAAAGCUUCGGCGUCUUCCUGGCCGCAUUGAUUAUAUUCUUUAAGCCCACCUGGGCGUUUGUUGACUCCAUUUGCACGUUCAUCUUUUCGGUGAUCGUCCUGCUCGUAACCUUUCGCAUUUUGAAGGACGUGCUGAUGGUGCUCAUGGAGGCGACACCCGACUACAUGGACUACGGCGAGGUGCAGCGCACAUUCCUCAGCAUCGAAGGGGUGGAGCAUGUCCACAACCUACGCAUCUGGGCGCUGAGCAUCAACAAGAUUGCCCUCUCCGCCCACUUGGCCAUCAGCAAGGACGCCGAUCCCCAAGUCAUUCUCGAGAAGGCCACCACAUUGAUUCACAAGCGCUACAACUUCUUCGAGACAACCAUCCAGAUCGAAGAGUAUACGCCCGGCAUGGAGGACUGCAAUCAGUGCAUGACUCCCCAGACCAAGGCAGCCGUCGACGAGGCCAAGGGCGCGGAUGACAAGGACAAACCAAUCGAUCACAACAAUGCCAAAGAUGAUGACGAACGACGAACGCCAUCGACGAAGAGAUCCGCGAAAACUUAGCCUACAAACUCAGCCUAGCAAAGACUUUCCUUCCUUUCCUUUCUUUCUGUUGAAAUUGCA